CAUUUACCUAAGAUAUUCAAGAGGAUUAUAUCAGGUGUGUGAGCUAUAUGUAACCUUUUCUUUGCUCUAUCCAGGUCUCCAUUCUAUGGCCGGGGUACCAUGGGCAGUGUCGAUGCUGUUACUGCUGGUGCUUUGCUCUCCAGGGGUCGCCUCUGCCCCCGCCCAGCACCUGUGCGGUUCCCACCUAGUGGAUGCCCUGUACUUCGUGUGCGGAGAGCGAGGCUUUUUCUACAGUCCGAACCGACCCCAGAAACGGGAUCUGGAGCACCUGCUCGGGUUCCUGUCUAAAAGGGCCAAAGAGGAGCGGCAGUUGUGGAGGGCUCUUUCUGGCCAUGAUGAGCCGAAGGUGAAGAGAGGCAUCGUGGAGCAGUGCUGCCAUAAGCCGUGCAGUAUUUACCACCUGGAGGGCUACUGUGACUGA